UUGGUGUAGUCGCGCCAAUUCGCAUUCAAAAUAAUGUCAAUUUAACGUAAGCGCAGUUAUUACAAAAGAUAUGUACCCUGUAUAUAACACGUAACUAUAUUGUUUUAUCCAGCAGAGUACAUACUUCAAAUCGGCAUUCAAAUCAGCCUUGUUUAGCUGAUGUAUAGAAUAUUAUAGCAUGUUUGAAACGGCUCGACCACUGACAAAAAAUACAGAUAGUUCAAGUUUUAUUGAGCCAAAUUGAUUCUGUGAUAUUGAUAUGUAAGACGAAUCACAGUGUGACUCGCUUUGUCUCUUGAUCUCCGGCUAAAAUCAUCAAGCCAAACAUGCUUUUGAAGACAGUUUAUACUGCCAACUUUCCUUGGUGUAGUGUGAUGAGUGCGAUGCAUCAGACUAGAGCUCCCCUUGUGUUUGAACCCUGUAAUAACAGCGGUGUUGGGGCGUGCGCACACAGAGCCAGCUGUAGGACGGAGUGGAAGCGAGAUGAGAAUACUAAACAGGCACCUCAUGGCUCAGCAUCAGCACCGGGCUGAGUUAGGAUUUGCGCACCCUCCAAACUUGGCUUGGGACCUCAGCAUGUGAACGGGCUUUGCAGGAGGAGGAUCCACCUAGGAUGUCAGCUCUGAAGAAGGUGCUGCCAGGCAUACUGAAGAAGCAUUGCUGUAUCUUACCAGACAGGAACACAGAAUCACAGUGCACACUGUGUGGUGAACCAGAAGAGGACUCGAUUGGUGUAUUAGUUUCUGUAUCAGUAUCAUUUCCUGUACCUUCUGAACAAGGGCUUCACCAGCAGUAUUCAUGGUCGCCCUCGCAGUACUUCGAUGAGGACAGCUACUCCCCUCCACCCAGGAACAUGAAGGGUCUCUCUGGCGGCCGCCCUGCCCAGCUCCAGCUUACCUCUCCCACCUCAGCCCACACCUGCGGCCUGGUUGAUUGUGACCAUUCCCUGGACCAUCACCUCCACCAUGGCAACUCGCGGCCCCCCUCCUACCUCCUCAGCCCCACAGAGAGCUGCCCCCUUGAGGGUCACCAUCGCUGCUCCCCGCGGAGUUCCAUCCACUCUGAGUGCAUGGUGAUACCGGUGUCCAUGUCGGCCACCGACCACUCCAUCUCUAGUAGCACUUUCCCCCGCAUGCACUACGGCAGCGCUUCACGGGACAGCGGUGGCAACACUUCCGGCGGCAGGGAUUCCCGAGAUGACGGUGGCUCAUCGUCACAUGGGGGCAGUGGCAAAAUGAACCGAAUCCCAGCAAACCUCCUGGACCAAUUUGAAAAGCAAAUGCCACUGCACCGGGAUGGCUUCCACACGCUGCAAUACCAACGCACCUCCACCACAACCACGACCACAGAGCAGCGCAAUGAAAGCCCUGGGCGAAUACGCCACUUAGUCCACUCGGUACAGAAGCUCUUCACAAAGUCGCACUCUCUAGAAGGUUCCUCCAAGAUGAAUGGUACCAAAAGCGACUCGCACCGGGACAGCUCACACCACCACCAUCACCACCACCAAGGCCACCACAAACACAGCAAACGCAGCAAGAGCAAAGAACGUAAAUCUGACGGCAGCGGUAAGCAGCGCUCAGGAGGUUGGUGGAGUUCGGAUGACAACCUGGAUAGUGACAGCACGUACAGGACGCCCAGCGUCAUGUCACGGCAUCCUGUGGACCACAUCAGCCACUGCUACCCUGACUCGAUGCACGGCCACCUGGCUGGAGACGUGUCGCUAAAGACCUCCAAGAGUAACAACGAUGUCAAGUGCUCGGCCUGCGAGAGCAUAAGCAUGGCACCAGAGGGAAAGUUCAUGAAGAGGAGCUCCUGGUCAACGCUAACGGUCAGCCAAGCCAAGGAGGCCUACAGGAAGUCCUCACUCAACCUGGAGAAGCCCAUGACGCCCACUGACCUCAAGCCCAACCUCAGGCCCUGCCACUAUCUACAGGUGCCCCAGGAUGACUGGGGGGGUUACCCUGGCGGUGGGAAGGAUGACGAGAUCCCUUGCCGUCGGAUGCGGAGCAGCAGCUACGUUAAAGCCAUGGGGGACGAGGAGAGCGGAGAGUCGGACUCCAGCCCCAAGACAUCGCCUCAGAAGAUGGUGCGGCCCGACGCCCUGGUCAAGGCCAUCAUCAGACCCAGGGACCUGCUGGACUCCCAGAGUCAGAGCUACCACUUGCAAGCCACCAGGGACAUGCAUCCAAGCAUUGCCCUGGAUCCCUCUGCCAACUACAACUCUCCCAAGUUUCGCUCCAGGAACCAGAGCUAUAUGCGGGCAGUCAGCACCCUCAGUCAGGCUAGCUGUGUUAGCCAAGUGAGUGAAACAGAAAUAAACGGCCAGUUUGAAUCGGUGUGCGAGUCAGUGUUCAGUGAGGUGGAAUCUCAGGCCAUGGAGGCUUUGGACCUGCCCGGCUGCUUCAGGACCCGGAGUCACAGCUAUCUGCGUGCCAUCCAGGCUGGCUACUCCCAAGACGAUGAGUGCAUCCCACCCAUGGCCUCCACUGUUACCUCCACCAUCAGGUCUACCACAGCCAUCACCUACACACCCAACUACAAGAAGGCCCCUCCUCCGGUCCCGCCCCGCACCACCUCCAAACCCCUCAUCUCCAUCACGGCCCAGAGCAGCACCGAGUCCACCCAGGACGCCUACCACGAGGGGAGGCACCCUCAUGGUGGGAUGUGGGCCUCUGACGGCCUCAGCCUGGGCCUGAACCCAGGCAGGGCUCUCUACAACUCCACCGACAGCCUGGACAGCACCAAGGCUGUGACCAUCGCCAUGGAGGCAGCCGGAGUCAUGGCUGGGAAAAGGCACCCGUCCACAGAUAGCCACAGCUCGGUGCUCACCUGCGACAAGGCCAUCCUGGUGUCCAAGGCUGAGGAGUACUUGAAGACGCCUCGAUCCUCUAUAGGGAUACAGGUGGAAGCAGCCACGGACUCUGAAUCUGAAAGCAAAGGUUCGCGGGAGUACCACUCUGUUGGGAUCCAGGUGGAGGACAACAAGAAAGGACAGGGCAGGUUCAAACGCUCCAACAGUGUGACUGCAGCUGUGCAGGCUGACAUGGAGCUGGAGGGCUUCCCUACCAUGGAGGACAAGGGCCUGCAGUUCGGUGGGGGCUUCCAGCGUCACUCGGAGCCCAGCACACCCACCCAGUACGGGGCGGUCCGGACCGUACGUACCCAGGGGCUCUUCAGCUACCGUGAGGAUUACCGGACCCCUGCUGAACCCCCCAGUCCCAGGGAGACCACCAGCGAGAACACCUGGCAGCUGGAACCCCCCUCCCCACGGGAGAACGCGACCCCGUCGGGCGAGUCUGGCAGGGCAUCCCCCUCCCUGAGGAGGGAUGGGAGCUGGUUCAUGCAACUGCUCCACACAGAGACCAAGAGGAUUGAAGGCUGGUGCAAGGAGAUGGAGGCAGAGGCUGAAGAGAACGACCUGUCAGAGGAAAUCCUAGGCAAAAUCCGAAGUGCAGUGGGAAGUGCUCAGCUGCUUAUGUCUCAGAAAUUCCAGCAAUUCUACUGGCUGUGUCAGCAAAACCUGGACCCCAGUGCCAUGCCGCGGCCCACCUCUCAGGACCUGGCUGGGUUCUGGGACCUUCUGCAGCUCUCCAUCGACGACGUCACCAUGAAGUUUGACCAGCUGCAGCAGAUCAAGAACAACAACUGGAGGCCCAUAGAGAGCCCAGAGAAGAAGCCACCAGCCCCUGUACCAAAGAAGACAGUUCGACAGAGGAGUAUGGUGACGCGGGAGAAAUCCCUGGACCUCCCAGACAGGCAGCGGCAGGAGGCCCGUCGACGGCUAAUGGCGGCCAAGCGGGCAGCCUCCUUCCGGCAGAAUUCAGCCUCGGAGCGAGCAGACAGCAUCGAGAUCUAUAUUCCCGAGGCUCAGACUAGACUUUGAGAAGACAGGGUCCGGGGCCGACACGUCUCCCUGCUCCCACACUCAACUUUAAAACUAGCCUUUUUUCUAGACUGCUACUCUCUCUACUCUUCCUUUAUCCAUCUGUUGUCUGAUCUCGAUAGCCAUCCUCAGUGCCCAUCGCCAACACCAUUGGUCUGUAGGAUGUGCCG